GCCUGUGUUCAACAGAAGCCGUGUUUUACCUUUCCUGCCUUUCAUGACUCGGUCUCCCUAUAGGCAGGAUGCGCUGAGCAUCCUGAAGCAGGAAUGAGUGUGUGGAGGUUUGAGGUGGUGCGUGUCUCUGCCAGCUGCUGCUCCGCUGCACUGAGACGUGCGCGCCGUCCAAACUAACUGACACUCUUCUGUCUUCUGGACGGCGGGGAAACACACACACACACGCACCUGGGAAAUGGCUACGGAGACAAAAGGCAAAGUGACUUUACGCAAGCACAGCGCUUCCCACUGGUAUAUGCGGAACAUCACCCAAGAAUCCAUGGACAGCUCUGAUGAUGAGUUUUUUGAUGCCCGAGAGGUACUAGAGGGGAAGACUGCUAUGCUGUUGGGAAUGAGUCAGUGGAACUCUAAUGAUCUGGUAGAACAGAUUGAGACUUUGGGGCAGAUUGACCAGACACAAGAGAGCCUGUGCCGUGUUGACCAGCCCAAGUGCAUCCACCAGAGAAGCAUUGAUGGCCUAGAGAGCCUUGAGACAAGAUGUAAGACCCAGGUGCUAAUAUUGGUGGUGCACGGAGGGAACAUUCUGGAUCUAGCCAGUGGUGACCUGGGGGCAAAGGCUGCAGAUGUGGCCACUCUGUCCUCGGUGCUGGAGAAAGUGUCACAGGCGCACUUUGAAGCUGCCACACACCACAUACUAAUCAAGCUGGUACCCUGUCCUGCUGUGUGUGCAGAGGCCUUUUCCCUGGUUUCCAACCUGAACCCUUACAGUUAUGAUGAGAGCUGUGUGUCAAGCAGUGUGGAUCACCUUCCACUGGCAGCACUUCCCCUCCUUGCUAUUGCAGCACCGCACUACCAGGAUGCUGUGGCAGUAGUUAUCGCCCAAGCCAAUCAGGUUUACCACAGCUUCCUGCAGUCCCCUGAAGGACAAGGUUUCACUGGCCAGGUGUGUCUGUUGGGUGACUGUGUGGGUGGCGUGCUAUGUUUUGAUGCACUCUGUUUCAGCAACAGCCCACAACAUGACAGUCCGAGUCACACAGAGAGACACAACAGCAUGGAGAGCCUAAGGAAUAACCCAGGGCUUCUAGAAGAGACCAACUUGGGUCUACGCUCCAGUAAGCGACUCAGCAAAAGCAACACUGACAUCUCAGCUCCUGAUGGGAGUCGCGUGAGGAGGAAACGGCUCACACGCAAACAGAGUGAUUCGUGCGCUAUUGACUCAUCCAAGAGCCAGCAAAAUCCAAUUCUCAGCAGUCUAGUUCAGGAUGGAAGAGACCUAAGCCCUGGAGGAAGCAGUCCAAUGUUGUAUCCAGGUCGUUUUGACUUCGAGGUGUCAGAUUGUUUCCUGCUAGGCUGUCCACUUGGACUAGUGUUAGCAAUGAGACGAACUGUUCUUCCUUCGGUUGAAGUGACUCAGCUGCAGCCUGCCUGCUCUCAGAUCUUCAACCUGUUCUACCCCUCUGACCCGUCAGCCUCCAGACUGGAGCCCCUACUGCAUUCUCUCUUUCACCGACUGCCUCCAUUCCCUGUUCCACGAUACCAGCGCUACCCACAAGGCGAUGGUCGCUCUACGCUCAUUGCCGAUGACAUCCAUGACCACCCUGAUGUGUUCCUGGAUGAAGAAACUGUGCUCCCGUUCAGUCCGAGGGUAAAUGACGCAGAGGGAACAGUGAAGCAGGUGGUUGGCAGAGGCCGCAGGGCAAGUCUGACUAGCACAGACAGCCAGGCAUCCGGCUGCUGGGAGAGCAAGCUCAGCUGCAUCACUGCCAACAUCUCCAGUAGCUGGUGGGGCUCUAAACGGCUGGACUAUGCACUUUAUUGUCCAGAUGUAUUGACUGCAUUCCCCACUGUGGCUUUGCCUCACCUGUUCCAUGCAUCCUACUGGGAAUCUACUGAUGUUGUGGCCUUUCUACUCAGACAGGUGAUGCACUGUGACUGUGUGAAGGCUCAGGAGGCAGACAGCUCAGACUUCACCACUUUUUCCCCUUCCAGCCCCAGAGAGAAAUGGCUACGAAGACGCACACAUGUUAAGCUUAGGAAUGUCACUGCCAACCACAGAGUGAAUGAUGUCAUUGCGACUGAGGAAGGGCCGCAGAUUCUGGUUGGUCGCUUUAUGUACGGCCCUCUGGACAUGGUGACUCUGACAGGAGAGAAGGUGGAUAUAUAUUUAAUGACACAGCCUCAGUCAGGGCGCUGGGUUCACUUUGACACUGAGGUCACCAACAGCAAUGGCAGAGUGUCCUACACUAUCCCUGACAGCAAAAGGCUGCCUGUGGGAGUUUAUCCUAUUAAAAUGAUUGUCAAGGGAGACCAGACAAAUGCAGAAGCUUUCCUGACUGUGCUGCCACGGGGAAUGGAGUGUGUGGUGUUUAGCAUCGAUGGGUCCUUUGCUGCUAGCGUCUCCAUUAUGGGCAGUGACCCUAAAGUACGGGCUGGUGCUGUGGAUGUGGUCAGACACUGGCAGGACUUGAGUUAUCUUAUUAUCUACAUCACUGGGCGUCCAGACAUGCAGAAACAGAGAGUGGUGUCAUGGCUUUCCCAGCAUAACUUUCCCCAGGGCAUGAUAUUUUUCUCUGAAGGAUUAGUGCAUGACCCUUUACGCCAGAAAACCAUCUUCCUUAGAAACUUGAUUCAGGAGUGUCACAUUAAGAUCAACUCAGCCUACGGCUCCAUGAAGGACAUCUCUGUCUACAGUAUGCUGGGUCUCAGCCCCAACCAGAUAUAUAUAGUGGGCAGGCCAUCCAAGAAAUACCAAAACCAAUGCCAGUUCCUCAGCGAGGGCUACGCUGUGCAUCUUUCUUCACUGCAGUUUGGCCACCGGGCCCGAGCCAAGAAGACCUCAUCAUUGCGCAUGGUUCUACGUAAGAGCUCUUUUGGCCUGUCAUCAAAGCCAGACUUCCUGUCCAAGCGCACACACUUGCGACGCACCAUGUCUGUGCAGCAGGCCGAACCUCCCAUGACUUUGAAUCCCAAACCGGAGCGUGCCCAAAGCCAGCCUGAGUCCAAUAAAGAGACUGGGGGUAUUGAAGGAAGUGCCCAUGUGAUGUGGGUGCGGGCAGGCAUGCACCGGGGUAACACCACUCCCUGAUCACACAGAAAGCAAGAAGGAUGAGAAAAGAAAAGACAUGGUUCCCCAGUACAGUGUCCUGGUAUUCAGAUGGGCUUUCAGUUGAGGAUUUGUGCUCUGUGUCCAUCCUUCAGUGCCCUGUUUCACUUCUGCAUUAUGUUCACAUCUAAACCUUUGGGUGAUGCAGCACAAAUUACAUCUCUGCUUCAAACUUCACUACAGCUUGCUUCAUCUCCCUAAGGAUCAUAUUUAAUGCAAAUGUUGCCUAUUCCUCAAUCAUCCUGUUUGAGUCAAGGCAAUAACAGAGGUUCAGCAUAUUUGAAUUGCUCAGUAAGUAGUAAUUCAUUAGUAAUUAAAUAUCAGAAUCCAAGUACAAGUUGUUUUUUUUUUUUUUUUAAUUUUAGUUUCAGCUUUUAAGAAGCCAGCAAUACCGAGGUAUUGUUGUUUGGUCUUAUGAAGAUGUGCCUAGCUCUUCUCUUGAGCUUGGACUCCAGGCAUCUCAUGUCAAGGUAUUCUGUCAGUCUGGGGUCAGGCAAGAGGAGAUUUAUAAGAUUCCAGCUGAAACACCAGGAUGUCUAAAGCCCAAGGAAAUAUGCUCAGUUGAAAAGGAGAGCUCAUAAAGUGCUUAUUGGACAGAUCUUGAUGCUGGCUCCUGCAAUAAUCCUUUUGUGUAAAUAUUAUGGUGGCUGCAGAGAUGGGGCUAGACUGCAAUACGCUAACACCAUGCCAAAGUGCCAGUUUGACUCAAACCUGCUGUUUCAUGGCACAGCUACACAGUCAGUACAGGCAUAUGGCAACAUGACCCUUUGCUAGGAGAAGUGCUGAACUUUCCCCUACCUGUGUGAGGUCAUGCCUCAUGUUCCACCUCUCAUACCUGAUAUUUCAGUAGUUAUAGAUUGACUGCCAGAUAAGAUGAUUAUCAAAAGUCAGUGGUUUCUGUUGUGGCUAAUAUUCCCCUUGAAAUAAGAAUAUGUAAUGCUCAUAUCUGCUUUUUUUUUUUAAACUGUAAGUGACAUCUAUCCAGAAAGCAUGACUUUCAGAGAUUUAAAUGGUGGGCACCUGAAGUGUAUUACAUGUAUUCUGUACAUUGUGAUGUUCCUCAAGUUCUCACUUAGGUGACUAUUGUAACUUGUACUAAAUCAAAUUGAUUAUGGUACUCUAGGUGUAAUUGUUAAUGGCUGAAUACAGCAAAGUUUACCAUUCAAAUAAUGUUUUUUGUAUUUGUAUUGAAAUAGUUGUUAUUGUUAUUGUUGUUAUUGUUGUUGUUGUUGCUGUUCACAAGGUUGUGACUAUAUUGCCCUAAUAUUACACAGUAAUAAGAUAAUUGUUUAAUGUGACAUUGGUAUUGUUUACAUAUAAAUGACUCAUGCAUAGACUACCAUAUAGGCCAAAAAUUUGAAAGUAACACUACUUUUGGGGGGGGAGUUGUUAUAUAACAUGCUGGUCAGUGUGAAAAUAAAAGUGCCAAAAAUAGUUCUUUAGAGCUAUGCCACAGCAGAACCAGUUUUUGAUUUCCUAAAGAACACCGAUCCAUACAUUUUUACCCGUUUUGAAUCUGAAUAAAUCACUUUUCACCAGAAAGAUGCUUAUACAUAAUGCUAACAUUUAUGGAGGGAUAGUUUUUAGCUUGUUAUAUUUUGGCAAUAUUCAUCAAACAAAAUGGUCUUUAGGAAACCAUAAGUUAUUCUAUGGCACUCUGAGGAAUCAUUUUGGGCACCUUUGCUUUUAAGAGUGUAAUGGACUAUAAUCAGCAAAGACCCCAAGGGUUUGUUUUUGUCUGUAAUACAUCAGAAUAAGGGUAUCACUAGAUGUCAAUAAACUUGGUGGUUGUUAGUGGAAUCAUGUAAUUUUUGAAACUUAAAACAUUC